AGAGAGCCAGAAAACCCUUUAACAGAAGAGAUUAUUGGAGAAAGUUUGUCUUUACUUUGUAAGACUGGAAAUGGUUUGGCACAUGCUUAUGUUAAGUUGGAUAUUCAUGAUAAGGAAUUGUCUGACAUCAGUUUACUAAGUAGUUUUAUUCAUCUCCGCUAUGUUGAUAUUACUCAAAAUAAAAUCCGUGACAUUUCACCGCUGAAUUCACUGACUCAUUUAUUGACACUGAAAUGUGAUAGGAAUUUAUUAACGUCAGCGAAAUUAGACGAGUUACCUUACUUACAAACAGCCAGUCUUGCAAGUAAUGCAAUUACCUCAACAGAAGGGGUCAAUCAUCCACUUCUUGAAACUCUUAUUUUAUCAUUUAAUGAAAUAACAGUUAUUAGAGGUCUUGAGCCGAGCAAAUUAGGACGACUACAUACAUUAGAAUUACGUGGUAAUAAAUUAGAAUCAACAGAUGGGAUACAUCUUCCAAAUCUUAAAAGUCUGUUUUUGGCAUCAAAUACAAUUAAAAAACUUGAGGGAUUAGAAAGAUUAGAACAUCUGACAACGCUUCAUCUCCGUGACAACCAAAUAGAUAAAUUGGAUGGAUUUUCCGAAAAUAUGAAAAACCUGCAAUAUGUGAAUCUGCGAGGUAAUAAUAUCUCAGACGUGAAGGAGACAUCUAAGUUGAAGUGCUUGCCAUUGUUACGAGCUCUCGUGAUCAGUGAAAAUCCAUGCAGCGAUGAGGAUGACUACCGUAUGGAAGUAUUGAUUCAGUUACGUAGGAUAGAAAGACUGGAUAAAGAUGAAUACAAUGAUGAAGAGAGGCAAGAAGCUGAAGAUAUUUAUGAACAAAGACGACUAGAAGAAGCACAACAAGAAGGUGCUGAAGAAGUCAUUCACUCUGAUGGUGAGGAAGCUUGAGUUGUUACUAUGGAAACAAGAUAAAAUGUCAUCAGAUUGUUGCCUCUCUUUGUUAAGUCAUUCCCGUCCGCUGCUGUUGUCAUAGAAACUAUGACAUGGAAAAUAUGAAUUGGUCACUCAAGACUGAAAAUGACCAGUGCAUACAAUUUCAAUAUAGCCUAUUCCUGACAUUUUACUGUGAAGUCACAUAUAGGAUGUAGAAGAACAAUGUGACUGUUUUAUUUUGUGUAUUGAACAGUUUUUAUAGCAGCGCCAAUUUAUCAAGAGUCCCAAAUAUGAUCUUCAAGUCAGAGGCACUGCUUAAUUUAAGACUGCCUGUCAGUGUGUUCAUUUUAUUCCAGUGCUCAAUAACAAAUAUAUUCUAAAUAAACAAAAAUGCCGUCACUAAUUCAUUUAAAUUUCCAAAAAAUAAUGAUUUGAUAUAAGAUACAACUACUGUGUAUUUCACUUUGACAGAAUUUGUUUUGUUUUUCUCAAUGUAAAUAUUUUCUUCUGUUUUGUUUUUAAUAGUACUUACUUUGAAUAUAUUGACUACCGGUAUAUUGAUUCUGUAAAUUGUAAAUAAAUCCAACUGUCUUGUUAUUGGUAA